UGUUAUAUCCAACAGUCCAAAAAGGCCAAACUCUCGUACUUAUCACUCUCACCCUCUCACACUCGCUCGCAGUCUCACCACUGUUUCUGUUUCUCUUCUAACAUGGACCAACACAUCGUCGAUCCUCCGCGUUCAUUCUCAUCACUCUAAACUCCGAUCUUCAUUUUGAUUCAGACCCAUCAAAAUAAUCACUAAACCCACCAAUAAAGUCGAAGCUUUUUCUCACUUCGUCUAUCGGAAUUAGCGUUACUGAAUAAUCCUCGGACCCUCAGAAAAAAAGAUUUGUUUUCUUUUUUUUUUGGGUUCUUGAUUCGAAACUGUUCGCAGUAGAGCGGUUUUAGACCUGUUCUGUGUUGGUUUCAUUGCGAUAUUGUUUUUUUUUUCUUUUUUUGUCAGUGGGUUGAGUGAAGUUUUUAUUUUGUGCGGUGUGUAAUGGUGAGUGAUAGUUACUCGAAGAUGAUGUCUGAUGUUGUGAUUCGAUCGAUGCUGAAGAACGGUGGUGAUUACGGCGGUGAAGAUUUGGGGGUUCUAAGGGAGAGGGAACUGGCGCGGUUGCGAAGUGGGUCGGCGCCGCCGACCGUGGAGGGGUCGUUGUCGGCGGUGGGAGGGUUGUUUGAGGGUUCGGCGGCGGCGGGGGUUUUUGGCGGUGGAAGGGGUUUUGGGAGUGAGGAGGAGCUUCGGGCUGAUCCGAAUUACGCGAAUUAUUACUAUGCGAAUGUGAAUCUGAACCCGCGGUUCCCGCCGCCGCUGGCCUCGAAGGAGGACUGGCGGUUCGUGCAGCGGUUGAGGGGUGGUUCUAAGGUGGGGGGAAUUGAGGAUAGGGGGAUGGUGCGUGAUGAUGGUGGAAUUGUAGGUGGUGAUAGUUCUUUGUUUUCUGUGCACCCUGGUGGGUUUGGUGUGAAGGAGGAGGGUGGUUUGAAGCACCGGAAGGGUGGCCCCGAGUGGGGUGGCGAGGACGGCUUGAUCGGUUUGCCGGCAUUGGGCAUGGGGAGUAGGCAGAGGAGUAUUGCUGAACUGUUUCAGCAGGAUGAAAUAAAUAAUGCAUCAUCUGCCUCCAAGCACCCUCAAAAUCUGCCUAGUAGUAAUUUAUUUGAUGAUAUUGUUGAAAAAUCAGAAAACCGUUUUGCUUAUGCGCAUCAAGAGUUGGAUGCCUUGAGGUCUGGUGGAAAUAAGCAGGGCAUAUCUUCGGCCCAAAAUUUUGUUGGUUCAGGGCCUCAAACUUAUGCUUCUGCCUUAGGAGCCUCCCUAUCAAGGAGUAGCACCCCUGACUCUCAACUUCUACCUAGAGCUGCUAGUCCUUGCCUUCCACCCAUUGGUGAUGGCAGGUCCAGUACUGAUAAAAAGAGUUCUAAUGGUCAAAACUCACUCAAUGCUGUCUCAUCUAAUUUAAAUGAUCAUGGAGAUCUGGCAUCUGCUUUGGCUGGUAUGAAUUUGUCCACCAAUGAUAUAAUAGAUGAUGAGAAACAUUCCCAGUCAUCUAGGCACAAUGAAUCAGAUUAUACUCUCAGUUUUAAACAGCACCCUUACUUAAACAAUCCUGAUUCCGUCCCUUUUCAGCGUCAUUCAGCUAGCCAACCCCAUUUGCAAGUGAAUAAAAGCAGUGGUUUUGGAUUGGAUCUGAAUCAAUCAGCAGGGUAUACAAAUGAACAGCUAGAACUUCACAAAGCUGGUGGAAUUUCUGUUAAUUCACAUUUAAAAGGACCAUCUACACCAACUUUUACUAGCAGAGGUAGUCCGCAUGCUCGCUAUCAGAAUGUGGAUGAUAUCUCUUAUCCUAAUUAUGGUAUGACUGGGUAUACUGUUAAUCCUUCAUCACCAUCCAUGAUGGCAAGCCAUCUUGGAAGUGGUAAUUUGCCUCCAUUCUUUGAAAAUGCUGCUGCUGCAUCUGCACUAGGAUUGAAUGCUAUGGACUCCAGAGCCCUGGGAAGAGGUGCAAAUUUAGGACCUUUGUUGGCUGCGUCAGAGUUACAAAAUUCAAACAGGCUGGGAAGUCAUGCUGCAGGUAGCACUCAACAGUUGCCCCUGAUGGACCCUUUGUAUCUUCAGUAUCUAAGAUCGGGGGAUGUUGCUUCUGCUGCACAGAUUGCUGCCCUUAAUGAAUCAGCAAUAAAUAGGGAAUGCACAGAUUUACUUAGUCUCCAAAAAGCUUAUGUCGAGUCUUUAAUUGCCCCCCAAAAAUCGCACUUCAAUGUUCCAUACCUUGCUAAAUCACCUACUUUGAGCCCUAAUUCUUAUGGAAAUCCAUCAUUUGGUAUGGCCACGUCAUAUCCAGGAAGCCCACUGGCUGGUUCCGUUUUCCCAAACUCCCUCUAUGGGUCGGGUAGUCCCAUGAACCAAAGUGAACGCAAUAUGCGUUUGUCUGGGAUGAGGAACAUGGCUGGUGGUUUCGUGGGAGCUUGGCCUUCAGACACCGUGGGUAGCUUAGAUGAGAAUUUUGCAUCUUCCUUGCUCGAUGAAUUCAAAAGUAACAAGACCAAAUGUUUUGAACUUUCCGAAAUUGCUGGGCAUGUUGUGGAGUUCAGUGCUGACCAGUAUGGAAGCCGUUUUAUCCAACAGAAACUUGAGACGGCCUCGAUGGAAGAGAAAAACAUGGUUUUCCAUGAAAUCAUGCCGCAAGCACUUUCUCUAAUGACUGAUGUCUUUGGUAAUUAUGUAAUUCAGAAGUUUUUUGAACACGGAACAGCAGCACAAAUAAGAGAACUGGCUGAUCAGCUUACUGAUCAUGUGCUGACCCUAAGUCUUCAAAUGUAUGGCUGCCGAGUUAUCCAGAAGGCUAUUGAAGUUGUUGAUAUGGAUCAGCAGACUAAAAUGGUUACAGAGUUGGAUGGUCAUAUUAUGCGUUGUGUUCGGGAUCAAAAUGGAAACCAUGUCAUCCAGAAAUGUAUUGAAUGUGUACCCGAAGAUGCAAUCCAAUUUAUUGUUUCAACGUUUUAUGACCAGGUUGUGACAUUGUCAACUCAUCCUUAUGGUUGCCGGGUUAUACAGAGAGUCUUGGAGUACUGCCAUGAUCCCAAAACACAGCAAAUUAUGAUGGAUGAGAUUUUGCAGUCUGUCUGUAAGUUGGCACAAGACCAAUAUGGGAAUUAUGUUGUGCAGCAUGUGCUGGAGCAUGGCAAGCCAUAUGAACGUUCAGCUAUAAUCAAGGAAUUAAGUGGGCAAAUAGUGCAGAUGAGCCAGCAGAAGUUUGCCUCUAAUGUUAUAGAAAAGUGCUUAACUUUUGGAACACCUACAGAGCGUCAAAUCCUUGUGAAUGAGAUGCUUGGCUCCACUUAUGAAAAUGAACCCCUACAGGUUAUGAUGAAGGAUCAGUUUGCAAACUAUGUUGUACAGAAAGUGCUGGAAACCUGUGAUGACCAGCAACUUGAGCUAAUCCUUAAUAGAAUAAAGGUUCAUCUGAACGCCUUGAAGAAGUAUACAUAUGGGAAGCACAUUGUUGCCCGUGUAGAGAAAUUGGUUGCUGCUGGGGAGAGGAGGAUUAGUGUUCUGACUCUGAAUCCUGCACAGAUGGUAUAGAAGAUGUACAGCUAACUGAGGAUAAUACAAGCACCUGCUCUUUUUUUCUUUUGAUAUCAUUAUCUAAUGGCCCUGUCUGUAAUCAGGUAGUGAAGUAAUAAAUUUAGUUGUACUUGAAAUUGUACAUUUGUUAGUAUGAGGAUAUAAUACCUAGAAAGAAUCAGGCUAAGGCUCAAACUUGGCAAUGGCCUUGCCUGAUUCUCAUGCGGCAGGGAUAUAAUAUUUAUGAGCUAGUUUUCAUGUUGUAAAGGGAGGUGUUGACUUGUACAAAUUUUACUAGGUUGCUUAUCAGAGUUACUACUUGUAUUCCGGAUCCAUAAAUCUUUUGACAUAUGAGGCUUUUCUUUUUGCCCUAUGUUAAGCCUUUUGCCUCUUGCUUCAAAA